GUCCCCGAUGUCAGCCACACUUUCUACGGAUAUCCCGACAAUGACCCCCCGGGGUCCGCCAUUGCCUAUGACUGUGGCCGGGGCCUCACCGCGGCAGGAACCGGCACCUACGACGACCCGCUGACGUUCGCCUCCGUGCCGGAGGAGUUUGACCUCUGCGAGAUCAUCUACGACCCUUAUCUACACAAGUACCUCCGCCACGAGGAUUACUGCGUGCAGUGUGACUGGGACUGGGACGGUAGCGAGGCGUACCACAUCGACGUUUGGACGGGAAGCAACGAGAUCAGUGGCGGAGAUGACCAGAUCGGUUGCGAGAUCAGAUUGACGCCACAGGAUGGAGGGCCGCUGGGGAUCAUGCGGAAUCCGACCGAAGACUUGCCCGUCGAUGGU